UCUAGCUCGAGAAGUUUUGCCCCCUGCACGGCCUACGGCACCCGAAGAAGGUGGCGAUGUCCGACCUGGAGGCUUCCGCUGGGUUGCAGACGUUCCCACCUGCUGGGGGGGCACCAGGCCUCAAGAAGGUCAAGAUCGAGGCCCGCCAAAUGAUUCAGUCAGGCAAGGCCGACGACGAGAUCAUCUCGCAGCUCGUGCUGGCCAUUACGCGCCUCGUUCUCGCAGACAAUCGGGCCAUCGUAGAGCUGGCGGCGACGGUCUACACAACAUGGGCUCUCGACUGCACCGAGGACGGCGUAACCGACGUGAUGGAGACAGCAUGCCGCCGUUACCAGGAGAUCUCACAGGAUAUGGCCACCAAGCGCAAGGGAGGCGAGCAGGUCGACUUCAAAGGUCGCGGCCCCCCGCACCUCCACGUGUUCUUGAGCGGCCUCAUCUUCCUCGCGCAGAAGGAGACGGGCUGGGGCAAGGAGCUGAAGGAGACCUACGGCAGCGAGUUGAAAAGGCUACUCGAUGCAGCAGCUGGGCGAGAUUGUCCUCCACUGGCGGUGGAAGCGGAGCAAGAACGAGGCCAAACUUGAGAAGAGGGACUACCUCAUCAUCGCGAUCGAUUCGGACCACGCGACGGGCCGCAGGUUGAUCCCGAGCCUCUUUGCAGCACUCAUAGACUUGAAGGGGGGGCGCCGCAUUGGACCGCCGCCGAAGGGACCGCUCCAGAGGGACGCCGCGAAGCUCUUGUCGCAACUCAAGAAAUGACUGGUCCUGCGCACAUGACUACCAGGACGGGGCAAGCCACGCGGUCGGCCAUCACUGCCCCCAGCUCUUCCUCACAGCCGAGUUCGGCGAUGAAAAUGGUGCCAGCAUUCCUCAGAGAUAGUGGUCGACUGCGAGAGCUGAUCCGACGCGGCGACAUACCGCCUGAUGUGCUCCAACAUAGGACUGCGCCCACCCCGCCACCUGUUCCAACGGCCUACGGCCCGACCCUCCCGCCCGUCCCUACAGUUCUUUUGAGGUCCGCUUCGAGAGGACGAGGACGAGGAGGAGGGGGGGGGGCGGCCGAGGCAUAGCAGGCAGGGACAAUCUUUUAUUCCAGGACGCGGUUUUCCAUAGCCCUUUAGACGGACCCCCGCUCCCCUGAGGCAGACGGCCCCAUUACCCCUCCCUCGUGCCAGUGUGCGGUCCUGGCCCUGUGGGCUCCGUAUACUGGCGGCGGGUGCGAGGGUGGGGGGACUGUGCGCCUCUUGUUCCCCCGCUCGGGGGAGCGGAUGGGCCAAGCGUAAUUCAGCAGUCCCCAGGGGCGCCCUCUCGGCUGCGUGCCAUAUCGGAGGGUUGCCCCUGAUGGGGCAGCGCGGCUUUGUCCGAGUGCAGAGGCCGCCAGGAUGGUUGUCGUUCUAUGUAACGCCACUCAGAGUUCCGAG